AACUAAGGUUACUGUUGACAGGUGCAUGCCGAUGGUUAUUGAGCUUUACAAAAUGGCAAUAUCCUAAUAUAUUUUAAAUUUCGUUUUUUUCUUCCUGAUAAUGUCUCUCAUCAUAGCAACCUUUCGUUUUCUUCUGCUCCAUCGAUUCAUCCACUCCUAUGUGUUCCAAGCUGCCGGUAGAGCGAGAGAGAAGCGUAUUUCGAAAGAGAUGGACUCUCUUAUUGAAAGUAGGGUUGAUGAACAUAAAUUAACGAGGCUUAAAAUAGGAGCAAAAAUCAAUCAAGACUUCAUCGACGUGCUGCUAUCUGCAAUAGAGGAUGAUUCCAUGUUUGGCCAUACACGAGAAACGAUUAUCAAGGCAACAGUAACGGUUCUAAUCUCAGCAGGUAGUGACUGGACAUCCCUUACGUUGACGUGGAUUUUGUCCAACUUGAUGAACAAUAGACAUGCCAUGAAGCGUGCUCAAGAAGAGCUAGACCUCAAAAUCGGUAGAGAUAGAUGGGUGGAGGACUGUGAUAUUGAGAAAUUAGUCUAUCUCCAGGCCAUUAUUAAGGAAACAUUUCGCUUGUAUCCAGCAGCACCUCUAUCAGUUCCCCAUGAGGCAAUGGAAGAUUGUCGUAUUAGCGGCUACCACAUUCCAAAGGGCGCUCGUUUGUUUGUGAAUGUAUGGAAGUUGCAAUAUCAUCCAAUAGUUAAUAUCAAGCCUCUUAGAUGUGCAUAUUUCUCCACCCAUAUUUCUCUUUUUUCUUUUCUUAUUUUUCGUGCUAGUCGGCAUAAGCCCCGUUCCUGCCACAACAACAUUUACGCUAAGGAGAUUCCAGUUUUUAGGAGUGACUACAAUGAGGAAGCACGAAUUUAG